AUGGACUCGUCGCGACGUCCAGUCGAUCGUCACCCAUUGAAUUGGGAUCGGCUUAUGAGUCGUUUAUCCGCAAGGGAAACGGUUAUGUUUGGUUUUAAGGAUUUUAGGGAAACAAAGCUGGAUGUUGGAGAACCAGCUGUUACACCCAAAGUAAUUGUUGCCGUCGACAAUCUUCGUUUAGAUGGGAAGAACUACAGUAUUUGGUGUUAUAGGAUGCUUUCCUAUGUCCUGAAUGAUCUUACACGUGUGCUCUAUGCGCCAUGGCCAAGAUUUCUGGUAGAAACCGAAGCAAGUGUUGAAGAAUUUGCUAUAUCAAGGGCUGCUGAAGAGAUUUGGAACAAGAAUGACUCCCUUUGUUUUCAUACAAUCUUGAACCAUCUAUCUGAUGAUCUCUUCCUUCAUUACUCAAAGAGGGGGAAUUACUCAAAGAGGGGGAAGAAAACAAGUGCUAAGCAACUGUGGCAUGAGCUACAAUCGAGGUUUGGAGAACACGAUUCUUGCGUUCCAGAUUACCUGGAAUAUCAUUUCCUUGAAGAGGAACCAAUGGUGGAGCAAGUUGAAGAACUGAAUGCAAGGUUCAAAGAACUGUUUAAAUGUGAAGAAAUGGCGAUAGAUGAGGAAUUUCAUGUGAUUGGUUUUUAUAAAUUUGGGCAUUAUGCUAAUAAAAGUAUUGGAAAUUAA